UUGCUUAUAUUGUUUUUCUCUCUUCUUACUAACUGCUCUCAUUUCUCUCUCAUUUCUUUCUAUAUCUCCUACUAGCCUUCUCUCACAAAACCCUAUCAAUCUUAACUAUCUCUUCCCAUGCACCAUCCUUAACAUCGAUUGUCUUAUUUAAGCUUCUUUGUUUGCAAUCUUGCUCUUUCUAGCUUUCUUUCUUUAUUCAUUUUUUGUUUGUGUUGAUUUGGUAUUUGAAAUAUUCCACUGAUCAUACUGAACAAGUAGUAGUGAUCGAUCAUGAAUAAUGGAGAUGAAUGUCGGGAUUUACCUCCUGGUUUUAGAUUUCAUCCUACUGAUGAAGAAAUCAUAAACUGCUAUCUAACCGAGAAGAUCAAAAAUGGAAAGUUUAUAGCAAAAGCUAUUGGAGUAGCUGAUCUGAAUAAGUCUGAGCCUUGGGAUUUACCAAAGAAAGCUAAGAUGGGAGAGAAAGAAUGGUAUUUCUUUUGCCAAAGAGAUAGGAAGUACCCGACCGGGAUGAGAACGAACAGAGCGACCCAAGCUGGGUACUGGAAAGCUACUGGAAAAGAUAAAGAGAUUUAUGAUAAGGGAAAAGGUGGUUGUCUCGUUGGUAUGAAGAAGACCCUUGUUUUCUAUAGAGGUAGAGCUCCUAAAGGUGAAAAAACCAAUUGGGUCAUGCAUGAAUAUCGACUUGAAGGCAAAAACUCUUAUCAUCACUUCUCUAAAACUUCAAAGGUAGAUGAAUGGGUUGUGUGUAGAAUAUUUCAUAAAAGUACAGGAAUCAAAAGAAGUUCAGUUCCUAGUUUGUUGAGGAUGAGUUCGUUUAGUGAUUAUUUAUUGGACUCUACUGCUUCAUCAUUACCAUCUCUUUUGGAUCAUGGUCACUACUUGAGCGGUACAAGCAAGCCCAGGUCAAAUUUAGUACAAAAUGGAACUGGAAAAUUCAAUGAAACGCCGACAGCUGGGAGUCGUAGUGGUCAUCACCAUCUCUUUAACUCCGGGACGACCAUAGAUGAGCAUCAAAAGCACCCUACUCCAAUUUUGUCGAGCAAUACGCCUCAACAAUCCAGCUACUACCCUAUUCAACAAAAUCCUUACUUAAAUCAGUUUAGUCCUUUCAACCGAGGUUAUUUUAACCAGGAGAAAAACAAUUUUUCGCUUGUUCCAAACUAUCCGAGCUCAAACUUAAGUGGUCAUGAUCAAGCACUUUUGAGGGCUCUUGUUGCUAAUAAUGACCUCUAUAGAUUAAAGAGUAACCAGUGUAAGGUAGAGCGUUUCUCAUCAAACCAAUCAGUUGUAAGUCUUUCACAAGAUACGGGAUUGAGUACCGAUAGAAAGACCGAGAUCUCAUCAGUUGUUUCAAAGAAUGACAUGCCAAGUAAUACAAGGUCUAAUGAAGAUAUGGAGGAGGAACCUUCUUCAGAUUGUCCAGUUGCAGGUUUAGAUUGUUUGUGGAAUUACUGAAGGAAAUAAACAAGUAAAAACACAACUUUAUUAGUUAAAUUAUAUCAAUACCAUUCAUAGUAUUUCUAUUCUGACAGAUAUUUCUCUGUUCACAUUAUGUCAGAGAGAAGAUCUUGAGUUUCAGAAAUACUGUAUAGAUUUCAAGAUGUGCAGAUUUUAUAUCAUAUGUUCAGAUUAUACAGUGUUCAUACUAAUAACAAUGAGAAGAAAGAAAACAUCAAUUUAACAAGCAACUCUGUCUCAUGUUUAUUCUUAUCCAGUGACAUCCUGUAGUGGUUUUAAAAACCAAACAAUUGCCUGAAUCUUCUUAGUUACAGAAAAUCACAAUACCUACAAGCAUCCCAUUGGUUGAAACUGCUUGCAUUACAGAUCAACUUAAAAUGAUAAGGUAGUCUAGCAAAAAAUGUUGAAGAAGGCACAUCCUGUAGUUUAAGAAGAUAUCUUCUGAAUUAGUUAAAUUAGCUCUGACAAAAGGAUGAGGCAUAAUAUUUGCUGGUGGCCAAUGUCUAAAUUUUUUGGGUAUAAUCAGAUUGUUAAACAAAACUACUGGUAAUUUGCAUCAAAAAAG